CUUCAGUCUGCACUUCAAAACCUGCAACCAACACCAGCUACUCUACAGACCCACGCUCCCGGCUCCUCUGCCUUCCGCCGUCUCCCUCUGCACAUCGGCCCCGCUACCUGGCGCAACCUAGGCACCGUCAGUCGCCUUUGAGAAGAGAGAGGCAAAAAGAAGGAUUUGAGAAAAGGUGUAAAGAAUUUUCAGAGGACAGUGAACUGACAAACGACGUCCCGUGCGUUCAUUUCCUGUCAGUGCGUGUGCGUUUUUUUCAAACAGUCUAUAAAUCCGAACCUUGGUUUGCGGCUGAUGCCCGUUUGGUCCACAAUCAUCUCUGAAAAGUGGAAGGACAUGCGUGCCACCUGUCCGGUUGCCGACCGCUGCCCCAUCUCUCCGUACAGAGGGCUGUGAGUGAGGACAAGGGGCGCCAAGCAGUUUACUUUCUUUUCAGGACUAGUUUUAUUUUUUCUCUCUCUAUCGGCACGUCGCCACAGUUGAAAGGAAAAGAAAAAGGGAAAAAAAGUUUUUUUCUGUUUCUUUUGUUGUUUUCUUAUUUACAGUCAAUGUUUUAUCUGCAUUAACGUAAUCGUUUGAUUAAAAAGACGAGACGGCGGAAUCAACCCCUUUCAUUUCUGUGGCGCUGGCACUCAUGGAUAUACAUUGUAAAGCAGACCCUUUCUCAGCCAUGCACAGUUGCAGUUCUACCUGGGAUGAGUUCAGUUGUGUGUGUUUUGCAGGGCAUGGGGGUGUGAAUCAACUGGGAGGAGUGUUUGUGAAUGGCAGGCCCCUUCCUGACGUGGUGAGACAGCGCAUCGUGGAACUGGCGCACCAGGGAGUCAGACCCUGCGACAUUUCCCGGCAACUCCGUGUCAGCCAUGGCUGUGUCAGCAAAAUAUUGGGCAGGCUCUUGUCACCUAUCAGAUACUACGAGACGGGCAGCAUCAAACCCGGAGUCAUUGGGGGCUCUAAACCCAAAGUUGCGACCCCGAAAGUAGUGGAUAAAAUCGCCGAGUACAAACGCCAGAACCCUACAAUGUUCGCCUGGGAGAUCCGAGACCGACUGUUGGCUGAGGGAAUCUGUGACAACGACAGUGUGCCCAGUGUCAGCUCCAUCAACAGGAUCAUUCGGACCAAAGUGCAGCAGCCUUUCCAUCCCUCACCGGAUGGACCCGGGACCGCAGUCACUGCACCAGGCCACACAAUAGUCCCCAGCACAAACUCCCCACCUGUAUCCUCGGCAUCCAAUGAUCCAGUGGGAUCGUACUCCAUCAACGGGAUUCUGGGCAUUCCACGAUCAAAUGGUGAGGCCAAAAGGAAACGUGAUGAAGUUUGUGUCCUCUUCCUCUUAGAUACCCAGGAUAACUCUGGUCCAAACGGGGAUUCUCAGGGAACAGCAGAGAGUGUAAGGAAGCAACUGCGAAGUGAAGCCUUUGCCCAGCAGCAGUUGGAGGCCCUGGAACGAGUCUUUGAACGCCAGCACUACUCAGACGUUUUCAACUCAGGAGAGCACAUUAAAUCAGAGCAGGCUAAUGAAUAUUCACUCUCUGCCUUGGCCUCUGGAUUAGAAGAUGUUAAAAGCAGCCUAUCAGCUGCUGCCACUCCCGACCUUGGGACCAACGUUUCAGGACCCCAGAGUUAUCCAGUUGUGACAGGCCGGGACAUGGCGAGUACAACUUUACCUGGCUAUCCUCCACAUGUGCCGCCGACUGGCCAGGGCAGCUACUCCACCUCCACACUGGCAGGCAUGGUACCAGGCAGUGAAUUUUCGGGAAAUCCUUACACUCAUCCACAGUACACGACCUACAAUGAAGCCUGGCGUUUCACUAACCCAGGAUUACUAAGUUCCCCUUAUUAUUAUAGUGCCGCAUCCAGGGGUGCUGCACCCCCCACUGCUGCCACUGCCUACGACCGCCACUAGUUUCUAUGGCAACCACAUGAAACUGCAAGAUGAAGCUCUUGGGCUCCACAUUGUACCAGUCUGAUCAAUUCAAUAGUGGAUGAAGAAGUGGAAAACUAGAAAACUAAACUGUUAAUCUGUGAAUGCGAUUGAAGGACUGACAAUUGAGCAUCAAAGUUGGUCAACGUGGGAGUCUCCGACUCUGGCUGCAAGUGUUUAUCCUUCAACAUUAGCUGCCAUUGGUAUAUUUUGACUAUUGGCUUUAUUUUCCAUGUCAGUCCCAUUGAUUCCUUAUAGACUGGACAGAAAAAGAAUAAAGAAAAGGAAACAAUAUCUCAUUUAUAUAUAUAUGUAUGUAUAUCUUAAUGAAUGGAUUGAUUUUAAAACACAUUAAAAAAAACUGCAACAGUGCUUCAGUGACUCAGCAUUUGGACAAACUGAUACCUCCCCACCCUUUCCCCAAUGUUUGACUUGGUGAUUUCAAUGAUUCCAAAUAUAUAUUCACUCAAUAAAAGAAAGCAACAACGAAAGGGCGCCUGUUGUUUACAUGGAGACCGUGUCUGGAAAGUCAAAGGCAACGCGAGAAUCCUGAGGUUAAACAAGUGGACUCCUUCCCUGCUGCGUCAUGUUUACAAGACGGCACCUCUCAAAACUGGCUCAGUGCUGACUCCAGUCGCUACGGAUGGAGGGAACACCCCACCUCCUGCCCCAUGCCCCACCCCGUCUGUUCCCUGCCCACCUGCCAGGGUUAGGGAAGACUCUGGCUGGUUUGUAUACCGUCUCUAUGUGGCUGCUGUGGCUCCCCUGCAACCCUUGCCCUAAGACUGUAUCGGCCAAGCUCCGUGGAAUACUCAGUUCACUGCAAUUUGCUAGACACUUCUUUCCUAUGACAUACAUUCUUUUCAGGAAACUACUGAAAGCAGUAAAUGAUACCAAUGAGCAGCACCAAGUCCACGUUUAACUGUUCAAGCCCUGAUGCACAGUGUGCAACAACUCUCAAUGAAGUUGGUUGCGUUUUACUACAGAAUUUGUUGACAGAAGGUUUAGAAUGAAGACAGAAAUGCAGUUUGUCAUCUUCAGUCAGAGGAUCUCAGAAGAGUGAAAAAGAAGGCCACAGAAUAGCUGUUGUUUCUUUGUACUUUUUUUUUGCACUAGCUAUCCGAUUGUACCACUUACAUGGUUGCAAUGGGUGUAGAGUUGGUGAGGAACACCAGUCUCUGCAAGAUAUUGUAAAAAUACUUUCCUUUAUGAGAGUAAAGAAAGAGGAUCAAAUAGGCACUUAAUUGGCUUGCAUUUUGAGUUUACAUUUACUGCACUCCAGUGGUGAAAGAUAUUAAUGAAGUCUGUAGACAGAUAUUGCAAAAUAGCUAACUAUGGCAUUUAUAGUGAACUCUGUCUUGUGACCACCUGCCAGGAAUCAAAGCUUCCAAGUUUAACAGGAUUAGGAGUAAGGCUAAAUUGGAAUGGCUCUAACUAGGUGGAGUGUUGGGUGAAGGUUAUUUACCAAACUCUGUAGGCUACGUAUGACAUGCUAACAGUGAGAGCAUUGAUUAGUCCAUCUUCUCUCCACACUGUUGAUAUGUGCAUCGCAAAGAGAAGGCCACAUUCUGGAGGUAGCUUUGUUCCACAGCUCUGGCCACUUUGCACCUGCAUGCAAGUCAGAUAAAGAUUGGUGGCACACAUGCGCAAGUCAUUAUCACCAGGGUCAGCAGCUCAACUGUCGUGAAAGGUUUCUCUUCCCUCCCCUAAACUCACCUUUCUCAUUAUCCAAACCACAAGCACAUUUUUUUAAAGAAAGUUAUCAGACAAUGCACAAUCGUCACUGCCACACUCCCUGGCACUUUUGUAUGUCUCUUUCCUGGUCUGAUCACAAAAGCGUGUGAACAAGGAGAUAACUCAUUCUUUGGUGCAGCAUUGAAAAGAGGGAGAAGUGGAGAAGAUGACUCUGAUGACAGGCAAUCAGAGGCAGGUUCAGGGAGGGAACAGUCAAGAAAGAGAGAGCAGAAACAAUGCAUGGUGAGGAACAACCUAUUUGGUACGGCUCUCUUAAACAACUGAUAAAAAAGUGAAUGUAAUUUUUAUUGCAACAUUUGCCAAAGACUCGGUUAUUGUUAGGUUUUUAUUUACAGGACGUGUAUGCAUUGAUUGUAAAUCAGUAUUAUAGGUACCUACUUCUUAACAGAUUUGGAAUUUAUAUGAUAAUAUGCAGCUGAAUCUUCAAUAUGCAUAUUAAUAGAACAGAAUAGAGUGAACUGUGGAAAAUAAUAAUCCCAGCAAUUAAUUAUUGUAUUGUUACUUGCAAAAAAAAUUGCUGCUUUGUAGGAUGAUAUUGCUUAUAAUGUGAAGGAAUUCCUCUUGUAUAUAUAAGUCACAGCUGCAUCCAUUAGCAAAUACAUCGGCACAGCAGUGUCUCGUAGAUUUACUGACAAAACAGAGAAAAAAAAACAAAAAAAAAAGACUCAGCACCUGUUCUGUUAAAGUGUAUUUGUGCUUUCAACAAAGUUCAAAUAAAGCACGGCAUUCUCUUGAUUCUGGUGGGCAUACAGUGCUGAGGAAAGGUAGACUUUCACAAUGGACUCGUUUUGUUUUUUGUUUUUUUUUGAGAGAAGUUUUUUUUAAAACAAAGAGUUUCAUCACUAUGCAAAUUUCAAGAAUUGCUGUGCUUUUUUUUCUGUAGUUGUGCUACAUUGCUAGUCUAAUCUCAACCUUCUCAAUUGGGAACACACACACACGCAUACACGCACACAUACAUAUACAGAACAGAUGCACAAUAUAGGUAACAUUCAUGUAACAGUUGCAGCUGAUAUAGCACACAAAUGCAUACAGUACAUGCACCUCACAUGAAUUUACAAAGGUCAUACAACACAUAAAGAUAUCACAUACAUUGGUACCAUGCAAAUAGAAACAACAAACAAGUUGCAAACACACCAUACUCAUAGUGACACUUCUGCAGACAUACAUGCAGGCUUUACACACAAAUGGAAUGCACACACAUGCAUAUUGCCGCAAGCACACACACAUGCACACUCACAAGCACACACACGCACACAGAAAAACACACACAUGUACAAACACAAUUACAUACAAAUGUCAGAUGUGCUUGGUAGAAUGAACAGGGUGUUGUUGCAUUAUCCAAUUCUGGAAACUGUUUGAUCACAGACAAUUGUUUCAUUGUGAUUUGCCAUUGCCACGUUCUUUGUGAUGUGGAUCUGUCUUCUGACCAAGACCUUAGUGUCAGUCAGAGCUGAUUUAAACAAAGAUCCAUGACAUUAGAUGUUUUGUGACACAAAUCCCAGCAGAGAUCGUUGUGAUCAACUCUUGCAUGCUGUGGUCACUUGC